AUGGGCUGCAGUAGCAAGAAGCACCUCGUCACGAGUGUCGAGCCCUUCGAUGAAGUAGACAACAAGGCACGUCCCGAUUUCAAGCAGAAAAUCGAGGGCAUGACAAAAUUGCAAGAUGAGCUGUAUAUGCUCAAACAAGUCUUCCAGGAAAUCACUCAAAACGCUGGUAGGUACCCGCGUGCACUUGUGGAGGGAGACGACGGUGCUGUCACCCUUUACGGAUAUGGUUGUGACAUCCGCGAUGCAAUGGCUCUGUUUGGUUGUGGCUACCACAACGACCCUGAACGUGAACGUGAUCGAGGUCGAGGCCAUAGCUGUGGCGGCUACUACCAGAGUGGUGGUCGUGUUGACAACAACCAACGAGGUGACUUUAUUAGAAACGGCCGUGGUAAUACUCAGAAUCAGCGACUGUGCUGGGUCUGUGCUUCGUCAGACCACGUCGCUAUGGAGCGCCCGGACGUUUACCAAAGCAAGAACAAGCAGGGCCUAGCAGGUGGUGUCAAUAUUGAUGCCUGCUCUGAUGCCGGGUCGUUGCAUGCAAACGUUGACUUGAUUGACCAACAAACUUGUUUUGUUCACCAGCUGAUUCUUUGCAAUUGA